AUGUUAACAGACUUUGAAAUCAAUGAUGAGAAUAAUCAUCAGGACGAUCAGGGCUAUGAUGAAAUUAUUGGAGGAGAAGAUCAUCAUGUUCGUAAUAGUAACGAAACAAAAUUUGAUAAUUUACCGGAGGAAGUAAUUGCAAAUAUUUGUUCAUGUUUUAUGAGAAAUUCAACAACAAAUUUAGCAGAAAGAAAAGGACAACAGGAUUUUUCUGAAAAUUCAUUGUUUGAGUAUGAAGAUUUUCAUACUGUCAAUAUUGAUGAUUUAAUAGAUAUUUAUCCAUUAUCGUUACUUAAUAGAACUAUUAGAAACAAAAUUUUAAAUAAUAAUCAUUUGUGGAAUGAACAAAUGAUUGUUGAUCUGAGUGAAUUUUCAAAAUCAACCAAAUUAUUUAAAUAUAUGAAUAAGAUUAAUGAUUGGAAUUAUAGUUCAUCUGAUGAUGAUCUAAUUGUAACAGUAGAAAGAGAAAGACUAAAUAUUGCUUUGAACUUUCUUUCAUGUCUUGGUUUAUCUGAAUAUAUUAAAAAGUUAAAAGUUAGUUGCAUAUUGAAAGAAGUUGGGUUGAAGGAAUCCAUUUCAUGGUCAAAACUCAUUAUUCACUCAUUCCCUAAUCUAACAGAUAUCAUCUAUUACAGCCUCACUGAUAGAAAUGUUGUUAAGAGGUACGAAUCCUUAGAUUGUACUCAGGGAAAAUGGCAAAAUUUGAGCUCAAUAACUGUUUAUUUUGAUUUUACGUCAUUAUUAUCUUUAAUAGAAAACCACAAAUCUACUAUCAAGUCUAUUGCUUUUUCUCCAAAAAUGUCAGAUAGGAAAUCAACAGAAGAACUCUUAAAAAAUCCCAAGAUACUGGAAAAUGUACAGAACAUUAUUAUUAGUAUGAAGUUUGAUUCUGCAAUGAUGGAAUCUAACAAAAAUUAUAUGGAAAAGUUUGGUGCAUUAAACAUAGAUUGUUCUGCUUUAGAUAUAGAGCGUUGGAUUCCAAAACUGACACACCUUAAAAAGUUGGUGUUGGAAGGAAUAUACAAUCCAAAUUUUAAAAUUGAAAACGUUAAUUUCACAAAUUUAACUGAGCUAGUGAUAUGUUUAGCUAAUCAAUCGGAAUUAGCUUUCAACAAUGUUCAAGCUCCAGAAUUGCAAGAGCUUAGCAUUUCUAAUGCAUCAAUAGAAGCAUCAACAGAGCCAUUUAAAAAUUUGCGAUCAUUGAAAUUUCAAACUUGUAAUUAUGAUCAAAAUUUUUGGAUCAAAUCUCACCCUACACUCAUGUACUUUAGCUUGUUUUUUCCAGAGUUUAAAGACACUAUGUAUAAUCGCUCAUUUUCAUUGACUGACAAUCAAAGCUUACUUGUUAUUUUACUUACCUCACUGGAAUCUGUCUCUAUAACUAACAUCAACCCUUCUUGCAAAUUAUAUAUUGAAAAAUGUCAAUCAAUUCAGAUUAAUACUAGUAAGAUAUCUGAAAUUUAUAUACAGAGCUAUUCUACUGCUAGCGAUAUAAAUAUCAAAGGAGAUCACUGUUCAAAACUUCAUCUUCCAAAAGGUAUUGAAAAAUGUAAAAUAGAUUUGAAUUCAAUUAGUGAGAUGAACUGUUAUUAUCAAGAUAAUUAUUCUAAAAUAUUACCUCUUAGAGCACAUAACAUUUCGUUAGAAACAUUGCAUAUAUCCUGCUUUAACAUUCCUAUUUUUAUUAAGGAAUUCUUAACAUCCUUUAAAUAUAUUGGAACUUGUAAAUGUGUUAUCAGUCAUGAUCAUACAUACUCAAAAGUAUACAAAAACAUUAGUCCAAGCUCUAAUCUUGAUACUGACAUGUCUAGUGUUGAGAAAAUAAUUACUCAUGGAGAUAUAUCACUUCAUACACAUUUGACAAAUAGCACCUCCUUACAUACAAUAAUAUCUGGAAGCAAAUUAAUCUGUUCUCCCAAUACCACCUACUUGAGCACUUCACUCACUCAUUUGGAAACAAGUAUUCAAAACUUUUCUUCACAAUUUGACCUCCCUAAUUUGAAAAAUUUAAUAAUUUCUCAUUCUGCAGAUAUAGAAAUUGAUCUUUCUCAAUAUCCACAUCUAGAAGAUUUUUCAAUUUCUCAUUCUAAGAAUGUAAAAAUUCGAAAUACAUCCAAGAGUAUGGAGAAAAUGAAAUUUUUCCUAUUGGAGGGUAUUAAUUCUCUUUCAAUCAGUAUUGAUAAUGUACAAGCCCCAAAUAUCCGAGAAGCCAUCAUUCACUCAAUCAAAAGCAUUGAACCUGGUACUGAGCCAAUAUUCACUUUAUCUCAUAGCCCAAAGAUGCUCUUUUACUAUGUUUCAUUUGUGUGGAAACCAGCUUUUAAACCAAACCCACCUCGUACACAUCAAGAAACUUUUGUAACGCCAAUACCUAACGAAAACACCAGAAAUUGUGAAAUAUUAUAA